AUGUCAUUUGUCUACUCCACCAAACACAAAUUGUUCUUCUGCGUCACGCAAUUCGGCCAUUUCGAGGCUUGGGAUCUUCGCAACCCUGAUUCCCCAAUGCUGACUCCGAUUGAUUUGUCCGUGGACGAAGAGAAUUACCCCAUCGCCUCCCGAUCCAAGGAGGAGCUGGAGCUCAAAAAGCUCUGCCGAACCGUGAAAUUUCUAGUCGUCGACCAGAAAUCCGGCGAUGUUUUCCUUGCAAGGCGGUUCAUUCUCGAACAAGUGGACACCAACGGGUCCUAUGUGGAAGUAAACUACGAGAACUCGGUUACGGGUUGCGAUUUGGGUUAUCCAUACAAAACAAUUGGGUUCGAUGUUCAUAAAUACGACGAGGAUAAUAGAGCAUUGAGAUACAUGGACGGAGGUUCGUUGGACGGGCUUGCUUUUUUCAUCGGAUUGAACCAUGGGUUUGCGCUACCUGCCGCUGAAUUCCCGGAAUUGAAGCCGAAUUCAAUAUACUAUACAGAUGUUCUUAGUCCACCGGAGUGGAUUGAUUGUAUUUACGGGGGCCACGAUUUGGGAAUUUUCAGCUAUCAAGAAGGUACGAUAUCCCCGUGCUUUUUCCCAUGUGAUGUCAAGAGCAUAACAAGAAUUAUGCCCGUACCUACAUGGUUCACCCCAAGCCGCGAGUAA